AUGCGAUGGGGUGGUAAUCCUCCGGCAUCUAGAUCCAUGUCUUCUACAAGGAUUUUGAUCCGUCUGCUAACGAUGCCAAUACCUACUGAUGACACUACGGUGUACAGUCAGCUCUCUCGCAACAACGGAGUAUCUUACACCAGCUUGCAACAUCCCAACAGCCCUCCAACGCAUUUCGUCAUGCAAAUGAUGUCUUCGGCGAUCAUUUUGAGGAAUCUCAAUUUGAGUCACUAUGCAAAGAUAGUUAAAAAACUAAGAAAAACUGCAGUACCAACACUCUUUAGCAUUCCAAAUCCACCACCAUCUGUAACUGACAAGAGGAUAAGAGAAGUAAGAUGUCCUAAGCCAAAUACUGAAGUGGAAACUCUACCUGCUUCAAAUGAAGAGUUGUUAAAAAAAAUAGAAUUCCUUGAGCAACAGCUUCAAGAAAAAGAUGCAAAAUUGACAUCAUUUUUGUCCGAUGAGCAAGUAGGAACCCUUGCUGUGCAGUCAAAAAGGAACUGGUCAGAAAAGUCCAUUAUAAAAGGACUGAAGAUGCGAUUUGCUUUGAGCAAACAUGGAUAUAAUUACCUCAGAAGUACUGGAUAUCCAGCACCAUCGUACAGUACCUUGAACAGGAGGAUUAGGGACAUAAAAAUUAAUUUCGGCAUUUUAGAAAAUUUGUUUUUUUUUCCUCAAGACAAAAGUUCAUUCAUUGGAUGCUCUUGAUAGGAACUGCUGCCUUUUAGUUGACGAAAUGGAAAUAGCUUCAUAUCAAGAUUUUGAUACAUCGUCUAAGUCAUUCAUUGGAAAUGUUACGUUAGGAAA